CCCAAAAUCACUUCAAGAGUUCAAGGUUAUGGUUCCCUUCACCCUCCUCUAAACCCUGCUCCUCCCUCUUGUAUUGAAGAAAAAUAAAAACCUACCACUUCUGAAAAAAAACAUCCACCGCCGGCAAAAAGUAGCCGACUCUAACUCCGGCGAACACGGAUUGAAGGUUUGUUUUUCACUUUAUUGAUUGGAGCAUCAUGGGUUCAAAGAAAAAAGUAAAAAAAUCACAAAAUGCUAUAACAGAUGGAGUGGAAGAUGGCAUUUCAGGUGGAAAGGUUUCAGGGUCUAAGAUGGAAGCCAAAGAACAUAAGAAGCAGUUGGAAAGUCUUAAGGAAUCGCAACCAGAAUUUUAUGAGUACCUGAAAGAGGUGGACAAGGAGCUCUUAGAUUUUGAUGAUGAGGGCAAUGAUGAUGAUGCUGAAACUGAUAUAGAUGAUGCUGAGACUGAUCUUGGUGAUGCUGAAACUGAUCUUGAUGACGCUGAAACUGAUCUUGAUGACGCUGAAGCUGAUCUUGGUGACACUGGGACUGAAGAUGAGGAGGAUUUUGAUGAUAGCGACAUUGAAAAGUCAGCUGUUGGGUUGGAUAAGGAAGAUAAAUCGGCUAGAGUUGUUAUCACUAUGAAUAUGGUUGAAUCCUGGUGUCAGGAGAUCCAAGAAAGUGAGAAAAUUGCUCCGGUACGCUCUUUACUGAGAGCCUUCAGGAUAGCUUGUCAUCUUGCUGAAGAGAGUGAUGAAAAAUCUUCCGAAAAGUUAACCUCGAUGUCGAAGCCUGUUAUGAACAAGGUUAUGGUAGAAACUUUGAGUAAAAUCGAUGGUAUUCUUCGCAACUUAAUGAAUCUUCCUUCUUAUGGUGGAAAGAAAGAGACGAUAAUCGAGGUAAAGAGCACAAAACAUUGGAAGAAGUACCAGCAUUUAGUGAAGUCAUAUCUUGGAAAUGCGCUGCAUGCUUUGAACCAAAUGACAGAUUCAAAGGAUAUCUCAUUCACUUUGAAGCACAUGACGAAAUCUUCCUUGUUCUUGGCUGCUUUUCCAACUUUUUUGAGGAAGUAUAUUAAGGCUGCUCUGCACUUUUGGGGUACAGGAAGCCGAGAACUUUCAUUUGCAGCAUUUUGGUUCUUAAGAACUCUAUGUGUCCAGGUUGGGUCCGACUGUUUAGAUGAGUGCUUCAAAGGGUUUUACAAAGCUUAUGUCAUGAACUGCCAGUUUGUGAAUGCAACGAAGUUGCAGCAUAUCCAAUAUCUUAGAUACAUGUUUGUUGAAUUUAUGUUGGUGGACCUUCCAACAGCAUACCAACAUGCCUUUGUUUUUAUUCGGCAAUUAGCGAUGAUUUUGCGGGAGGCAUUGAACAUGAAGACAAAGGAAGCUUUUAGGAAGGUUUAUGAAUGGAAGUAUAUCAAUUGCCUUGAGCUUUGGACUGUAGCAAUACGUAAAUAUGGGAUGGAACCUGACUUCAGACCUCUUGCUUAUCCGUUGACUCAAAUAAUUUCUGGAGUGGCCCGCUUAGUCCCAACUGCUCGGUAUUUUCCUCUUCGAAUGCGGUGUGUUAGAAUGCUCAACGUUAUUGCUGCUGCGACCGACACUUUCAUACCAGUUUCCAUGCUACUUUUGGAUAUGUUAGAUAUGAAAGAAUUGCACUGUCCACCAACUGGAGGUGUUGGCAAGGCUGUUGACUUGCGAACAAUACUCAAGGUCAGCAAACAAACACUUAAGACUCGGUUGUUCCAGGAGGCAUGUGUGUCUUCUGUGAUUGAAGAACUGGGUGAACAUUUGGCUCAAUGGAGCUAUUCUGUUGCUUUCUUUGAGUUAUCAUUUAUACCAGGUGUUAGAUUGCGUAGUUUCUGCAAAUGCACUAAAGUUGACAGGUUCCGCAAAGACAUGAGGGAACUUAUUCGACAGAUUGAGGCCAAUUCCGAAUUUACAAACAAAAAGCGUGCAACAAUCUCCUGCUUACCAAGUGAUCCUGCUACAUCGUCUUUCCUGGAGGAGGAGAAGGAGUCUGGCGCCAGCCCUUUGUCGAAAUAUGUUGCUACAUUACGACAAAGAGCACAAAAGAGGAAUGACACUUUAACAGACUCCAGUAUCCUUUAUGGUGCCGAGCCAUUGGCAUCUGAUAAAGAUCUAGAAGAAAGUGAUGAAGAAAAUGAUGUAGGCGAUGAAGGUGAAGCAGUCUUUAGUUCCUUCUAUUCACAACAGAAAGAAACAGGGGUUAAGCUUCCCAAGGAGGAAAAAAAGAACAAAAAUAAGAAGAAACUAAAGGGCAACCAACAGGAGGCAAUGGAGGAUGAUAUUGUGCAGGACUUCGUGCUAAGUUCUGAUGAAGAAGAUGAACCCAUGGAUGACGAUAAUGAUGAUUCACCUCCGCCUGAAGAAACGGUUAAACCAGAGAAGGGGACCCGGAAAAGGCGGAAUAAGAAGAAACCUGCUAAUGAUGGUUCAAUGAAGAAUGCACGGAUAAGCAAGGAGAAGAAGAGAAAACGAAGUCACUAGUAAAUUGUGGAGGCCGAGCAUAUAACACCACAGGUUUUAUAUGUAGUGCUACAAUAAGCAAGAAAACCAAACAUAUGGCAACGAGGCUAUCAUAUGGUGACUGCGUAGAGUAAAAUACCUAAGGAUCUGGUCUGAGUUGAUGCCAUCAUGUAAUGCUUCUAUGUACAUGAAUUUUGUACUAGUUAGAAAGGAAAAUUUUAAAUGCUCCUUUUUCUCUAAAAAAAAAAAGGAAAUGUUUUGAGUCGAUUUGAUAUUUUUCGGUUAAUUUAACUUCAAUUUGGAAUGUCAUGUCCCUGAACUUUGUAAAAAUAUUUGAAGUUGAGAUUGCCUUAAGGCGCAUAAUGUUUGAUUGUACUCAUCUGUAGAGGGUCCUUGUUACACGAGGAUAUACAACAAAAGAACCAUUUAUAUCUA